AUGUAUUGUAGUGAUGCACCAAAAGAAACAUUGGUCACUCCACCGGAGAAGAGCCCCAUUCAGGAGGGAAAAUAUCCUAUUCCUGAAGAUGCCUGGUACACAGAUGGGUCCAGCAAGGGCAACCCGAGCAAAUGGAGAGCAAUAGCAUAUCAUCCCUCCACUGAGACGAUCUGGUUUGAUGAGCGGGACGGUCAGAGCAGCCAAUGGGCAGAAUUGCGAGCUGUGUGGAUGGUCAUAACCAAGGAACCUGGGGAUGGCAUCCUGAACAUCUGCACGGAUAGUUGGGCUAUGUACCAAGGCCUCACCCUUUGGAUUGCACAGUGGGCCACCCAGGAAUGGACUAUCCAUGCCCGACCAAUCUGGGGCAAAGAUAUGUGGUUAGACAUAUGGAAUACAGUUAAACACAGGACUGUAUGUCUCUACCACGUGUCUGGUCAUCAACCUUUACAAUCACCGGGAAAUGAUGAAGCAGACACGCUGGCUUGA